AUGGCAUUCCGUGUUGAUCAAUACAACGGCACGAUUAGCACAUUCUGCGGUGACUGCCAAGCGGAACUUGACCGAGAAAAGGUCGAGGUUUAUUUCAUAACGUACACUGCUACAGAUCUAGGCGGCAGGAGUAAUUCUACUUCCCUUGUUGUACAUCUGACAGACCGGAAUGACAAUACUCCUGUUUUCGCUAGGCCUACGUAUUCUACAUUUAUCCGAGAAAAUGACCCGAGUUAUAAUUCAACAGCACUGGUCAAACUUGAGGCAUUUGAUGCUGACGAACCUUGGACUAACAAUAGUGAAAUACGGUAUGAAAUCAUGCAAGUAUCUCCAGAAAGCAUGGAACUAAACAUAACAAUAAACCAUAAGUCGGGCGAAAUGUUUCUGAGUCCUGCCAUUGAUUAUGAAAAACUAAAACAUGCAGCUGGGAUCAUUAGAGUAACUGUGGAAGCUCGAGAUCUCGGUUCACCCUCAAGAGCCAGUAAUGCAUCCCUACAGAUUACAGUUCAGGAUGUAAAUGACAAAACACCAGUUUUUAACUCAUCUACAUUCUGUGCUAAAAUAACCGAAAACUCGACCUCAAUUGCAACUGCUUUAACUCCUGUCGGUAGAGUAUUUGCAUCUGAUGCUGAUGGUACAGAUCCAAAUAACAAGUCUCAAUUUUUCAUAACCGAUGGUGCAAAUAAUGAUUUCACUGUAAAUUCAUUAACUGGAGAAGUUAGUGUGCAGAUUAAUAGAGAGCUUGAUAGAGAAACAACCCCUAGUUAUAAUGUAACAAUAAUUGCGAUAGAUCAGGGUGCUCCUCCGUUGACGGGUACCGCUACACUCAGUAUAGACAUCAUUGAUAUAAAUGAUGAGUUUCCAGUCUUCAGUCGAACAAGUUAUACAGUUCAAGUCUUUGAAAAUGAACAUAUAGGAAAGAUCGUAAUUGAUUGUCCAGCUACUGACGCGGAUGAAAAUAACAAGCUAGAAUACACAAUAAUAAAGACAGAAGCUAAAGAUGAAUUAGGUCAUAAUGUCAACUACACUCUGGUUGAAAAUUAUUUCAGCAUCCACGAAAACAACGGAUCAGUUUACGUUAGUAAUCCGCCAGACAGAGAAACUGCUAAAACUGUUGAGCUUACUGUUCAAGUUACAGACACAAACGCGUAUCAUCCUUAUCCACAAACUGCGGAAGCACAACUCACGAUCAUGUUGCUGGACGUCAAUGACAAUCAUCCAGAUUUUGUAGGACUUCCUUAUAACAUCAACGUGUCAGAAAAUGCACAGGAUAACACAAUUUUGCUUACAAUUCAAGCAACAGACAAAGAUGAAAAUAGGAUUAUAAGCUACAGUAUCAACAGAUCUUCAACGGAGUCAAUUUCGUUUGACAUAGAUCAAGUCACAGGCGUUCUCACUAAAAUAGGACCUCUUGACAGGGAAACCACGUCGCCAGUAACGUUACAUAUAACUGCUACAGAUAAUGGUGUACCUCCAUUAAGUUCAUCAACUGAAGUUUUUGUGACCGUCCUCGACGUUAAUGACAACGCUCCACAGCUUUUUAACUUCAAAGAUGAGAUAAGUAUUCCGGAGAAUCUCUCUAUUAAUGCGCUUGUGCUUCAGGUUACAGCAAUUGAUACUGACAUCGGUCCAAAUGCACAUGUCACAUACCAAAUAGAGGAUGAAGAUGACGGAAAAUUUAAAAUCGAUCCAAUUACUGGUCGUAUUGAAGUAUCGGCCGAGUUGGACAGAGAAACAAAGCCUACUUAUACUUUGAGGAUAAAAGCACAAGAUAAUCCACUGAAUCCAAAAGAACAGAAAUCCACAUCAGACGUCUUAACUGUUAAACUAAUUGAUACAAACGAUAACUCUCCAUACUUUAUGGGCUCGUUGUAUUCCAAACGUAUUUUAGAGAAUACAGAAAUCGGAACAUUGGUAGUUAAAGUUUCUGCAGAAGAUGCAGAUGAACCAGGAACAAACAACAGUUUAAUUAGCUACUCAAUUAGCUACAAUACAUCCCCACCCGGCUUAUUUGAAAUAAACCAGUUUUCUGGUGAUAUAAUUCUAAACAAAUCAUUAAUAGGAGAUGUCAGGUCGUACCUUAUUGGCCUGGUUGUUGAAGACCAUGGAGAUCCUAAACUACAGACCAAUUCAGUUGUAAAUAUUACCGUACUGGAUGUAAACCUAAAUGCACCUGUUAUAACAAACGUGCCCAGCAAUAACAUAAUAAAAGUUUAUGAGUGCGUGGAUGUUGGAUACGAGAUAUUUCACUUUAACUACUUUGACGCUGACAUGGGCAUAAACGCACAGGCAGACUUUAAUAUCAGUGAAAUAGACUGCGGAAUAUCUGACAGCAUUUUUGACGUGUUUGAAAUAGAACCUGUUGGAACUCUUAAAGUUAUCGGAAAAUUGACUAAAGACUCAUAUAGGUUCCAAAUACAAGUGACAGACAGAGGUGUACCACCACUAUCAUCUGACAAGAUAACAGUUAUAGUUAGAGUAGUCGAUGUGAACGAUCAUUUGCCGUCAUUUAGUGAAGACAAUAUAACAUUUCGUGUGAAAGAAAACCAGCCAGCCGGUGAGGUCGUUGGUAGCGUACAAGCUCAUGAUCCUGAUCAAGAUUCAGUGACAUGUUAUAAUAUCGAAGAUGACAAUGUGGCUAAAGUAUUCGCCAUCGAUUUAAAUAAUGGUCGCAUCUUUACAAAAGUGAAUCUUAACUACGAAAAUGCAACCAAAUUCAUGUUCACCGUUCACGUAAUAGACUGUUCUAUCGCAGUCAAUAUCACUGAAUGCGGGAAUAUCACAGCCUCAAAUCAGGCAGAUUAUAGGGACACAAUUAAUGUCACAAUAAAUGUUAUUGAUGUCAAGGAUAUUGCACCAGUGUCGAGCACACAGGGAAUGUGUGUAGGAUAUAACAGCUGGAACUUUACAAGUCCUUGCAACAAAACUAGCAUUUUGGAGGGGAACUUUAAAUUCCCCCAUCCAACAUCAAGAAACAAGCUUUUGAUAUGUGACCUGUCUUGUAACACAUAUGUAGCAUUUUGUCCACCCAACGAGGUAUUUCAUGACAAAUGCUUAGUUUGUGCUCAUCCAAACCAGACGUUUUCAGCAUCAUGCAGCAAACGGGCAUUUGAUACGAUCAACCCAUGCUCAAAUCAAAGUAUUUCCGCAGGAAAACGGUUCUUCCCACAUCCAAAUGAUGAUAAAAUGUAUAUCCACUGCGACACGAAGGGCACUCCUUGGGUUCAAGACUGUCCACCAGGGUCUGUGUGGGAGCAAACCAAACUGGCAUGUACUCUACCACUGGCAUAUAACCCAUGCCACCAACGAAGAGUCACGAGCCAGUCUCUGUUCCCGCAUUACUGCGAUCCACGUUCAUACAUACACUGCAAUGAAUAUGACCAGCCUUUUAUACAUAUCUGUCAGAAAAACUACUUGUUCUUACCAUGGGAUUUAACCUGUGCACCGCCAGGAUUUCCCGGGUCAGAAUAUCUCCGGUUUAAAUGUCACUGAUGAAUACGAUUUCCAAAAUGUAUACAAACAUUGUAUCCUUGUUAAAACUAUUUGUGUUUGCUUUUACAAAUAAGUGUUAUAACAAUGAGAAAAUAAUUGUAGAACCAGAUUUCAUUGAUUUUAUUCUACUUACAGAUAUUUUCUAAACAUGACUUUGGUAAUAACAUUAAAUACAGUUCCCUGCAUGAACAUUCAGAUUUUUUUCUCAUGCUUUUAACUUGCUAUCUACGAGGAAGAUUAAAAUAAGUUCCGAAACAGCAGUCGUAACAUUUUUACUGUUAAAGCUACAUGUCACAUGUCAUUGGAUAUAAAAUAUCAUCGUAAAACUUUUCUUUGUAAAUUAUAUCUAUUUACAAUUUGUAGGUAUUGACAGGGACGUUUACGCCAUGUUUGUUUAAUUCGAAUGCAAAUCUUUGUUGUUUCUUUUAACCUUAAUCAUUAAUAUGGUACAGUUUGAUAUAAUCAUGUUAUUAUUUGCUAUUGUAUCUACAACUUGAAAUGAAUAAGAUGAAUAA